GACCACACAACCGACAGUGGAUGCUGAGCGGGCUGGAAGAAGACGCGGGCUAAGGGAGCGCAUACCGAGCCAGCUGAGCGCCAUGGAGCUUGGGAGCGUCAUCCCCCGCACUUCCACCACCACGCCUGGCCCCCGUCCGAGGCCUUCGCGCGAAGCACAAAUAGCGCCCAAGUUCCCCGGAUUCUCGCCCUCUUCUCUCUUGGUCCAGCUCUCGUCCAAACCCAUACAUAGCCUCAGCGUAGCCUGCGCCGCACCGAGAUCCCUCCUCCCCACCGCCUGGUCGCGCCAUUGUUGAAUUGCUCUUACUCUCUAGCUCCGCUCCUCUUGCGCGGCUAGCUAUAUAAUCUCGCACGCCCACUCCAACCGCCCGCCCCACGAGCUCUUUCCCACCCCAAAACCUCCCCUCUCCUCCUCGUCCUCCUCUUUUUCCCCUUCACACGCCCAGCGGCCGCCAUGUCUGACGGUCCGGUCAAGCCCCCGACGGCGCCCGUCGUCGCAGAGGCCCACCAAGUCGACACCUUCCACGUUCCCCAGGCCCUGUUCAAGAAGCACCCCAGCAAGCCGCAUCUCGAUGGCCUCGACCACUACAAGCAGCUGUACAAGGAGUCGAUUGAGCAGCCGAACAAGUUCUGGGGCGAGAGGGCGCGCGAGCUGCUGUCGUGGGAAAAGGAUUUCCAGACGGUGCACGCGGGCAGCUUCAUAAACGGCGACAACGCCUGGUUCCUCGAGGGCCGCCUCAAUGCCUCGUACAACUGCGUCGACCGCCACGCCCUCGCCACCCCCGACAAGCCUGCCAUCAUCUACGAGGCCGACGAGUACAAUGAGGGUCGCACCAUCACCUACUCGGAGCUUCUGCGCGAGGUCUGCAAGCUGGCCUACGUCCUCAAGCAGAUGGGCGUCCAGAAGGGCGACACGGUCGCUCUCUACCUCCCCAUGAUUCCCGAGGCCGUCAUCGCCUUCCUGGCUUGCUCGCGUAUCGGCGCCGUUCACUCGGUCAUCUUCGCCGGUUUCUCCUCCGACUCGUUGCGCGACCGCAUCGUCGACGCCAAGUCCAAGGUCAUCAUCACCACCGACGAGGGCCGCCGUGGCGGCAAGGUCAUUGGCACCAAGAAGAUUGUCGACGAGGCGCUGAAGCAGUGCCCCGACGUCACCCACUGCCUGGUCUACAAGCGCACCGGUUCAGAAGUCCCCUGGACGCCUGACAGGGAUUGGUGGUGGCACGAGGAGGUCGACAAGUACCCCAGCUACAUUGCUCCCGAGUCGAUGAACUCGGAAGACCCCCUGUUCCUCCUCUACACCUCCGGUUCGACCGGCAAGCCCAAGGGUGUCAUGCAUUCGACGGCUGGCUACCUCCUCGGCGCCGCGAUGACCGGCAAGUACGUCUUCGACAUUCACGACAGCGACACCUUCUUCUGCGGUGGUGAUGUUGGCUGGAUUACGGGACACACGUACGUCGUGUACGCGCCACUGCUGCUCGGUGUCGCGACCGUCGUCUUCGAGGGUACCCCUGCGUAUCCCGACUUCUCUCGUUACUGGGAUGUCGUCGAAAAGUACAACGUCACGCAGUUCUACGUCGCGCCCACCGCCCUGCGGUUACUCAAGCGCGCCGGCGACCAGCACGUGAAACACAACAUGAAGAACCUGCGGGUGUUGGGCUCCGUCGGCGAGCCUAUCGCGUCUGAGGUGUGGAAGUGGUACUUUGAGGUUGUCGGUAAGGAGGAGGCGCACAUUGUCGACACUUACUGGCAGACCGAGACCGGCUCCCACGUCAUUACCCCUCUGGGCGGUAUCACCCCCACCAAGCCCGGCAGCGCAUCCCUGCCCUUCUUCGGCAUUGAGCCUGCCAUCAUCGACCCCGUCUCCGGCGACGAGAUUCACGGUAACGACGUCGAGGGUGUCCUUGCCUUCAAGCAGCCCUGGCCCAGCAUGGCCCGCACUGUUUGGGGCGCGCACAAGAGGUACAUGGACACGUACCUCAACGUCUACAAGGGCUACUACUUCACCGGCGACGGUGCGGGUCGUGACCACGAGGGUUACUACUGGAUCCGCGGCCGUGUUGACGACGUUGUUAACGUCUCUGGCCACAGGUUGUCGACGGCAGAGAUUGAGGCCGCCCUCAUCGAGCAUCACAUUGUGGCUGAAGCGGCCGUGGUCGGCAUCAACGACGAGCUGACCGGGCAGGCAGUGAAUGCCUUCGUAUCGAUCAAGAAUGGCAACGAGGUGACGGAACAGACCAAGAAGGAUCUCAUCCUUCAGGUCCGGAAAUCAAUUGGCCCGUUUGCCGCCCCCAAGGCGAUAUUCGUGGUGCCGGACCUGCCCAAGACGCGGUCGGGGAAGAUUAUGCGGCGUGUGCUGCGCAAGAUUCUGGCGGGCGAGGAAGACCAGCUCGGCGACACCUCAACGUUGUCGGAUCCGUCGAUCGUCGAGAAGAUUAUCAACACGGUGCACGAUGCGAAGAAGAAAUAGAGGCGUGGUAAUGGGAGCGGGGGCCGCGCGUCGCUGGACGCGGGGGAUAUAGCGCAUGAUGGCGUCGUUGGAUAUACCUAUUUCUGAUCUGCUUUGGGGUCACCAUGAGUAGCUACAUACAAUGCAAGCGAUGAUUUCAAGUACGGG